AUGGAUACGGCACAGGCAGCUGAAGCCGUUUUCAAGACGCGCAUCUUGCCCGUCAAAACCACAAACCUAGGGGAUUUCGAUCAAUUGACUAGGCUCGAAAAGUGGGAGUUGCCUCGGGACCAGGAUAUCAUUCAGCCUUUACAACAAGCAGCGGAACUUCUCAAGAAGAGUAACAUACCUGUCGGAUUCCCUACCGAGACUGUUUAUGGCCUUGGGGCAGACGCAACGAGGAGUGAUGCUGUCAAGGGGAUUUACAAAGCCAAGGGUCGACCGUUAGAUAACCCCCUCAUUGUCCAUGUCUGCGACCUCAGUAUGUUGCGCGAGCUCCUUGCACCUGCAGGCCAGACAAAUGGGCAUUCAGCAUCCGCUCCGAAUCCGAAUCCGAAUCCAAUUCCGCAGAUCUACUGGCCUCUCAUAAUGAAGUUCUGGCCCGGCCCUUUGACGAUUCUUCUCCCGAACCCGAGACCAAGCAAGUUGGCACCGGAAGUUACAGCAGGACUCCCAACAUUUGGAGCUCGCAUGCCACAGUCCCCACUAGCCCUAUCCCUUAUAAAACUGGCUGGUGUCCCACUUGCUGCGCCCUCCGCGAAUGCAUCCACCAAACCCUCCCCAACGACUGCCGAACAUGUCCUCCACGAUCUCGAUGGGAGGAUCGAGAUAAUCUUGGAUGGUGGGACUUGCCAGGUUGGCGUUGAAAGCACGGUGGUGGACGGACUCUGCAACCCACCUAUUGUGCUUCGGCCGGGAGGUGUUAGUAUUGAUCAGCUCAGGGAGUGUGAAGGUUGGGAAUGCGUCGUAAAAGGAUAUAAAGAUGCGAGUGAGUUGGGCUCAACCACCCCAAGAGCGCCAGGCAUGAAAUAUAAGCAUUACAGCCCGAAAGCAAAGGUGGUUUUAUUUGAAGCUACUCUGCAGCCAGCCACAAAACCCGCAACCUCCUUAGGAGCUGGACCGCUUUCGACCAGUGAUGGGCAGGUGCCGCAUAUAGAUUUGGAGCUUUUAGGUCGGCCCGCGAGGAUUGGCAUCGUGAGGACACGGCAUUGGGACAAGUGGGCUGGGUUCCAUCAUGCCCCUGAUGAGACCCAGGAUCGAAGUACCACCACUCAUGUAACUUCAUCACAUGAUUACCCCCAAAACACCUCUUCUCAGCUGAGAAUGGGCAAGCUCUGGCAAAGUGGGUCGCGGAAGACUGGCUCGCAAUCGACUGAGGGCCGCCACCUAGCGGAUAUAAUUGAGAUCUCGUUAGGGAGCGAGACGAAAGAUAUUGCCCAUGGGCUCUUCUCAGUCCUCAGGGAACUAGACCAGAGGAACGUGGAUGUGAUUUAUGUUGAAGGUAUCGAGGACGAGGGGGAUAUCGCUGCGGCGGUCAUGAAUAGGCUACGUAAAGCUGCUUCUAUCGUCGAGGACUAA